UAGAGCAGUUUGCGCUGGUGUUGAUGUUCUUUAUGACAGCUACGAGUCAUGCAGCACCAAUGUAACAUGUCAGACAGUCGGCGUUUUAGAAAUUACAACAAAGACAAAAAACGUCCAAUGCAGUUACUACAGCAACGUUGCUGUUGACUUUAUAAAUAUGUGCUCUCGAGUGCUUCACGGUUGAAGAGAGCUGAUGCUCAAACUGUUGUUGCGUCCUUUAUGUUGAUCUGCGCUGUAGUACUCGAGCUCAGCUCAAUUAAGACGCCACAACAUGUGAAACGGACUCGUGAUCUGGUUCAGGCUAAAGUUUCAGGAGGCUGUUCUCAUAAGCUGAGAGGUCAAUACAAUGAAAUAAUGAUGUUUAUGGCAGGUGAGAGAAACCCUGCGUCGUGUUACCUGGAUGAAAGGACCUUCCGGCUUUGCUGUCAGCUCUUUCUCCAGCACUCUGAGACCAUCCAGGAUGGCUGGAGCUGGGAGCAGAUCAAGGGCACUGAUGAAGGCUUCAUGAAGAAGACUGUUCUCAUGCCUGUAAAACCAAGCUUUUUGCACAAACAACAUGAGUGUUCCAUGCAGGAUGAAAACAUGGUGACAGAUGAUGUCCAGGCAAACGUUGAGGAUGAAACGGCUGGAGUUCAGGCAGUAUGUGAAAUUCACGCUGUGCUGCGCUAUGAAUACCACGUUCUGUAUUCUUGCAGCUAUCAGAUCCCCGUCCUCUAUUUCAGAGCCUCCACGUUAGAUGGGCGACCCCUGUCUCUCGAGGAGGUGUGGAGCAAUGUUCAUCCGAACUAUAGACAGAGACUACAGAAGGGACCCUGGGACACACUGACCCAACAGGAACAUCCUUUACUGGGCCAACCGUUUUUCAUGCUUCAUCCAUGUCGCACUGAGGAGUUUAUGAAACCUGCUCUGGAUUUGGCACAAGCUGAAAACAAGAGGAUGAACUAUAUCGUGACUUGGCUCAGUGUUGUUGGACCCGUCGUCAGACUGGACGUCCCUUUGAGCUACAGCACCGAGGUGUCUGCUCCCGACUGAAGCUCCUCUGCUGUGAUCUCCCUGUCUGUCUCAGACUCCACAGACCCAGAGGACGUGCAGAGGACAUGCUGAGGGUCUCCGAGGGGCCAAAGACGCUUCAGAAGUCUUGUUAGCAAUGCUUGAGCAUUCAAGACACCAAGUUCACAAGUUAGAUCUUAAUGUUUAAAUAAAUUGCAUUAAAAUAAUUCAUACACUGCCAUUCAAAUAUUUGGGGUCAGCUUUGCAUCACAGGAAUAAAUUACAAUUUUGAAAUAUAUUCAGAUAGAAUCAGAAUCAGAUUUUAAAUUGUAAUAAUAUUUCACAAUAUUACAGUUUUUAGUGUAUUUUUGAUCAAAUAAAUGCAGCCUUGGUGAGUGAGCAGAAGAGACUUCUUUCAAAAAAAUCUUACUGGUUGUGUGUACUGUAAUUCAUUUUUUGGAUUACUAACCAUAAAACGUCCAUAUUAUCUGACAGAUAUCACCAAAAUGCGCCUGAGAACCCAGUUGCAUUUGUUCAGAGCAUGCAUGUACGCAAACUGCAUUGCUGUUAUUGCUAUUCAUGGGAAAAUCUUUUAUAUACAGGGAUUUGUUCAGAAAAUGUACUGUGUGAGACAUUACCAUCAAAUUAAAAAGACAAACAAUAGUAUUCUCUGCUACUAUUUCUUUUUUGCAUUUUGAAGGCAUUUUAAAAAUCAUCAGAGCAGCUGUGUGUGCAGGCAUAUGGAGGAUUGCUAUUCAAACAUUAGUCUGGAUGUCUUUGUCUUCAGCUGCGUAGGUGUGUGUGUGUGUGUGACUCUUCAUUGGUCGGAUGUUGUGAAGCAUGCAGCUACAUUUGGCCUAUUUUUGACAUUUCAGCGGCCUGAAAUCGAAGUCAAACAUGAUUUGUAUAACCUUGCAUCUAAUAAGCAAAGUAAAUAGUCUAAUAUGUUUUUUGUUGUGUCUCCCUGCAGUCUGACAUUUCUCUUCAUUACUCAUCCAAGUAGCGUGCUGUGCCAGGACAAGGUUUAAAAGUUGAAUGGAAUCAAAUCCCUCUGAAAUCCUGACCGUCUGAUGUGAAGUCUGAAACGGAGGAGCUGAGUUUAGAGUUCGGAGUUUGAGAGAAGACGGUGAAAGUCCUCAGUCAGCAUGUCUAAAUGGGGCGAGUCUCUCAGGGGACUAUAUCAGUGUUGGUAAGGAGGUCAGCCUCCUACCCGAAGCAUCUCGCUCUAAUGGACAGACAGGAAUGAUGGAGAGGAGAGAGAGAAACACACAGAUGGAGCACAGUAGAGAAAUGUUACAUGCUUCAUAAACAGGGCCAUUCUUAAAGGUUUAGGUCACCCAAAAAUGAAUUAAGGACCGUCAAGCUCAAUUAAAGUGUUUAAAUCUUUUUUUAAAUCUGUGAACUUGAAAUUGAUACUUCCAAUGGUGUUUGGGUUUAUUUGUGUCUUGAAUUCAUUUAGAUGUUUCUCACACAGAGCUACAAGUCACAUGGACAGCUUUUAUCCCAUCUAACAAAAUUAUGUUCUAAGUACAUUUUGGUAACAUUACUAUUUAGUUUCAUGAACGAUGUGUAAAUGUUUUGUGCUGACAUUUUGAGAAUGUUAUUAAAGACCAGACAACUUUGAAUGAACAUUAUGUAGCACUGGAAGAAUGUUAGAGAAAUGUUAACGUUACAUUUUAUAAUUGGGGAAAUGUUACUUUCGAAUAUUCUCUGAACGUUCCGAAACACGUAUAAGGUAGUAACAUUUAAUAAAAGACAAAUGUCCAACUAAAACUGUUUGUUCACAGAGUUAAGAGAACAUUACCACAAUGUUAGUCUUGAUAUUGUUGGCUUUGAUGGUGCAUUUUGUACCUUUCUGCAACUUUACAGGCCCUCCCUGCUGAACAGACAGCAUAUGCUGGUUAGGUAUGUUUUGAUGCUGGGAUGGUGGUCCAUUCUGGUCCUUUUGCUGGUUGAUGCUGGUCCUUUGCUGGUUUAUGAUGUUUUUUUCAGCAGGGCUGGUCACUGUAUGUUUCAAUUGUAUGAAAAUUGUGAGCCAUCUUUAAACUAUCUUCUUUAGCAGGGAGUGGGAAUAUGACAUGACGGUGAGUAAAGAUAACAUCUAAUUAAUUUAACGGAAUUAUUCACACACAAAAAUAAUAAUUUUGUUAUUUUCACAUUGUUUUUAAGAAACCACAUAAUUUCCUUUCUUCCAUGUUUUUUUUUUUUUUUGUUGUUGUUGUUCAGAAUGUCUGAGCUCUUUGGCACACAAUUAAAAUUAAUAGCGACUGUCAAGUCCAAACAUGGGGGAAAAAAAAUAAAAUAAAUCAUGUAUGAUCUGUAUGAAAUAUGAGGUGUAUUUCAACUCCCUUAAAGUUAUACAAUAGCUUGGCGUGAGGAACAAAUUUAAGUCAUUAUUCACUUAUUUUUCAGAUGUCUUUCAACUAUUUUAUUUUUGGGUAAACUCUUUCAGUCACAUUUACGAUCGACUGUGUGCAGAGCGUCUAAUUGACGUACGUAGCAUGUAUUGAGUAAAUUUCAGACAGACCUCAAUAUUAUUAUUAUAUCUGGAGGAGUUGUUACAUUAGAGGAAAGGAAAUUAGAAUUGCCUUAGAAACAAAUACCCAUUUAUUUUACAUGCUUCACUGGAGGUGUUGCUUAAUGGAGUUUGAUCGCUCCUAAUGGAGUUGGGGAAUUAAAUUUGUGAAAGGCCACCGUGAGCGUGAGCGAGCCGCUGCUGACAUCUGUUGGCCAACGCGAGCGUGUGUUGUUGUAGUUUACACAUCUGUCCACUAGGAGCCGCCAUUGACCGAAGCGCAAAUGAUAUUUAUUUGAGCUUAUUUAAAUUAGAUUAGAAGUUUUUCUAUUCUAAUAUUAAUAUUUUAUUUCGGAUUUAUUUCAAUUACCAGAAAAAAUCUUAA